AUGAGUGUUCAUACAUCUCAAGUGACUAUUGACUUGGCCACUACCUUUCCUUUCCGCAAUAUCCCCCGCUUCCUACUGCAAGAUGGUGUUGACCCGAAAUAUCUUGCUGUUGGCCAGUCAAAUCCAGUCAUGAGACCAAGAGUGAACCGUUCAGCUACCCUGAGUAAUACUAUUGUAUUAAAGCAAAGAGAGCCUUGGGGAUUUGCCAUGUUCAAUUCAUUGCGUGUGAACGCGUGGAAAGGGCUAGGAUUAGAUGAGGAUGGAUCGAUGGGCACCAACAAAGGAAUUAGAAAUCUCCUUGGCAAAGGACGAGAUUCUAUAUAUGGUACUCAUAUGGUACGAUAUCCGUACUUGGGUCAUAAACCACACAAACCGGGAGAAGAUAUAUUUGGCAAUGGGUGUUUACACGGAUGGGAAACUCUUGAGCUAAAAAGAGGAUGUGUAUAUGCAUGUCUACCGACAAGAGUUUAUGUUCUUGAGACCUUGAAAGAUGGCUCGUUGGUAAAUAAGAGCGCCAGCCCGAUUACAAGGGAAAGUGGACAAACCAGUAGCGGUUUGUAA